GCGGGACUGGCACGCUGGGAUGGGAGGCUGAUAUUUGGGCACCCAGAAGAGAGUGUCAGUCGUGUGUGUGUGACCGUACUGCCAGGGUGCUUCAAGGUGCUGGUGUGAGCCUCACUCUCCAUGUAACCCACCAGACACAAGGCGGGACUUGCAUAUAAGAUAAACAUUGACAUUCGCUAAAUCAUUCGUUCGUUGCGUGCCGACGGACACUACCCACAACAUACUCCAAUAUGACUCUAUUAAGACUGUUCCUGCUGGUAGUGUGUGUGGCUACAGCUAGGAGCGAGGCCGACGCCGAAGCCGACGCCUUCCACACCGGCUUUCCCUCCUCAGGACGCGUGAGGUUUCCAGGAGGUGGUCGCAGCAUCUCAGGAGGUCCUCCUCGUCGCAAUGACAACAGUCACUGUGCUCUACUUAUCCCCGGGCGAGGCAAGUCUUCAGCGAGGGACCACGCUCUGGGGGUCUUUAACGGAAUCCAGUUCCCCCACGCAGGUGAUGGCUUCACCUGCGUCACCUUUCAGUCUGUAGACGCCGCCUUCAUAGCGGCUCGGGACCGCCUGGGUCUACCCAGACCAGGAAAAAACCCGGGCAAAGAAGAUCUGUCGAAUUUAGGAGCAGUUCUGAUCGAGACCACGAGAAAUCUGGCUAAACAGUACAACCUGCCUAAGGAUGUUUUGAUUAACGGGGUUCCACUUAUCGACACCUCAAAGACUAUUAUCGGCUCCAUCUGCCACGACUUUCUUUUACCCAGGAAGUGCGAACCGAAGAGAUACAGGGAAUACGACGGCAGCUGUAACAACUUCGAGAACCCGAGAUGGGGAGCCAAGAACACUGCCUUCAAGCGCCGACUUCCGCCUGACUUCGCUGACGGGAUCGACGCCCCUCGUGUUGGGCACGGUGGAUAUCCACUGCCGUCUCCCCGUCUGGUGUCCGCUCACGUCCACCGUGACGAGGGUCUCCACGAUCACGCUGUUACCAUCAUGACCAUUGCCUGGGGACAAGCCAUCGACCACGAUCUCACACUCACAGCUGAGACCAAAGACGCGAACAAGAAGGACCCCGACUGUUGCAAGGACAACCCAAAACAUCCCGAGUGCUUACCGAUACAUAUCCCCGACAAGGACCCCUUCUACUCCCUGUUCGGGCAAAAGUGCAUCUCGGUGGUCCGCUCCAUGUACAGCGUCAGGGAUGGUUGCAGACUGGGACCACGAAGUCAGACUAACGAACUAGCGGCUUUCAUCGAUGCUAACUGGGUGUAUGGAAGCAUUACCAAACACGCCGAGGAGCUGCGUCUUCACAGAGGAGGACUGAUGAAGUCACUUCCCGUGUUUCGCGAGUACGGAAUGAAGGACUUGUUGCCGCUCAAGCUCACUGAUCCCAGCGAGGGCUGCAUCAGACCCAACAAUGAUGUCUACUGUUUCGACGCUGGUGACGGGCGCGUCAACGAGCAGCUGGUCCUGGCUGUGGUUCAUACACUGAUGAUGAGAGAACACAAUAGGAUUGCCUCAGACCUCUACAAAUACAACCCCCACUGGGGUGAUCUUAAGCUCUACGAGGAGGCUCGACACAUCUUGGCUGCCAUCACCCAGCACAUCACCUACAACGAGUUCCUACCCAUGGUGCUGGGCAAGGAAGUGAUGAGCAAGUACGGUAUCAUCCUAGAGAAGCAAGGUUAUUUCAAUGGUUAUGACCCCACGAUCAACCCGUCCGUAUCGUCUAACUUCGCCACCGCUGCCUUCAGGUUCGGCCACUCCCUUCUUCCCUCCACCAUCGAGCGCUGGAGUCCGUCCCACAAGUAUAUCGGUUCACAGCGUUUGAGCGAGAUGUUGCGGCAGCCGUACGACCUGUACAAGGGAGGCUGGUGCGACCAGUUCAUCAUGGGUCUCGUCAACCAGGUAGCUCAAGCCAUGGACGACUCUGUAACCCAGGAAGUAACCAACCAUCUAUUCCAAGAUCCUAACAAGCGGUGGGGUAUGGACCUGGCGGCCAUUAACAUGCAGAGAGCAAGAGAGCACGGGGUUCCCUCCUACAACGCGUUCAGGGAGUUCUGUGGCCUGCCCAGAGCCUACAGGUUUGAGGACCUCCUGGGAUCUAUGAGCAAUAAGACUGUCAGGAGAUACAGCGAAGUCUACAGGCAUCCGGAUGACAUUGACUUGUGGAGUGGAGGGGUGAGUGAACGCCCACAGGCAGGAUCCAUGAUAGGACCCACUUUCAGCUGCCUCAUUGGACUCACUUUCAAGGAACUCAGAUUUGGUGACCGCUUCUGGUACGAGAACAGGGGCUUCCCCUCCUCCUUCACGAUAGAACAACUAGAAGAGAUUAGGAAGGUGAAGCUCUCACGGAUAAUCUGUGACAACAGUGACGACAUUAAGGAUGUGCAAGUGUACGCCAUGGUUCUGCCUGACCACGACAUAAACCCACGCGUGCCUUGCAACUCCGGGAUCCUGCCCAGGAUGGACCUAAGCAAGUGGCGGGAUUUACACUCCUCUAACCCCCGUCCUCAUCCGGAACCUCUCCUUUCGGUACAACUCGAUCCUUCCAUUCUCCCUGCCAAAACCAAGGACCAUUUUAAAUUCCCUGGCAGUCCAGAAUUAAACCUCGCCAAUUCCCAACUCCCUCAACCUCUUACAGGCGCUGUGCCUCCUCUUCCUUUCCCUCCACCGCAGCAUUUACCCUCAGCAGUGCCUCCUUCUGUGUCCGUCGGCGUACAGAACCCCAUUCAGACUCAACCUGGAAUAUUCGGUCCACUGAAACCAUCAUCUGAGCUAAACCAUGUCCUUCCCCAGCUUCAAGGUCCAUCCUCACCAUACGGACCCCCUCCUCCUCCUCCACCCCCUCAUCCUUCACCAUCCUACGGACCUCCGAAGGUCUCCUUUGGACCCCCGAAGGCUUCCUAUGGACCCCCGAUGGUAUCCUAUGGACCCCCGAUGGCAUCCUACGGACCUCCAGAUGCAGCGCCCCAUGCUCCGUCCAUGUCCUAUGGUCCCCCAAGCUUACCGAAGCCAGCGAUUCACGCCCCGUCCAUGUCCUACGGUGGCCCGAGACCUCAACCUGGACCUGGCAAAAACGGUCCCUUCCACCCCUCCUUCGAGUACUGCGAAGGGGAUUUCGCUCCCCUGCCUCCUGCGCCAAGCUACGGCCCGCCGCCUCCCCAAUACUCAGGCGGGUAUAGAGGAAACAUCAGGAAGAGAUCACAGAACCCCAUUAAGCAGUUUUUCAAAAAGAUUGGCCUUCAACUCUGAUCACAACCAGCUGUAUAUGUAAAUUAUUGUAUUUUAUUGUU